AACGUUUACGUUCAGACGGUGUCCAGUGAAGUACCUCAAAUUGGAAAUAAGCAGGAUUAAAAUAAACAUGUCCAGGGCUACAAAAAAAGAAUAGAAUCUAGGAUGGGAGGAUUGUUAGAGGAACUGGAGAGUGGAGAUGUAUUUAUAAUUAAAGGAUUGAAGUAAAUAUUCAGUUGGACAGCGUAUACCGAAGCUAAAGAAAUGAAUUCUCACCAUUUUUCUUUACCAAACAGAACAGAAGAGACACUCCUUAUAGAAGCAAACAAGAAAAUGAAUGAGACUUAUGGAGGCAAUGAGUCAUUAAUCAAUCAGGUAACCCACCUCAAUCAGGUAAAUUCAACAGACUUGAUGAAAGGUGGAAAAAAGACUUCAGAAGUAUCAACAUCUAAAGAAAAACCAACCCAGAAAGUGGAAUAUCAGAAGAUGCAGAUUUCUCAUCCAAUGAUUCAAACUGGAGAUGAGGCUCUGGAGACAUUGACAUCUGAUGGACAGCAAUCAAAUGAUGGAGAACAUCAAAUGGUGAAUAUGAAUUUGAUUGAAAUGAAAUCAGUUAACACUGAACAUGAAAAGAUGCAAAUGCGUUCCCCCAUUCCAAAAAAUUUAAAUGCAACUCGGGUGCAAAGUGGCUACAAAACAUCUUCUUUUGACAUAUAUGAAGUGCAACAAAUAUCAGGACAUAAAAAGGUUCAGGAACAAAUAUCAGGAAACCAGAAGAUUCAGAAACAAAAAUUAGGACACCAGAAGAUUCAGGGACCAGUAUCAGGACACCAGAUGGUUCAGGAGCAAAAGGUUAUUAUCUCCAUGAAUGAUGAGAAUACUGAAAUGAAGACGUCUACAUGGAAAAACCAAUCCCUCCAAAUUGAGGAUUCCAGGAAUUCAAGGCAUUUAAAUGAUCUUUUCCACAGCAUCCAGGCAUCAAAUGUUGAACCUAUGUCAAAAAUUGCUCUUCGUUCCCUACAAAUCUCUAGCAUUAGUUCUUUGGACAACAUUGAAAUGGAUAACUUGGAAAUAGCCGAAGGCUUUUUGCAAGAAAAUCAACUUGAACUGGUUUCUGAAAAUCACUCUGAAAACAGUAUGUUAAACAACAAUGGACAAAGUCCCAUCAACCGCAAUGAUAACAAGAAACCAAGUAUAGUCAAACCCGCUCAGAAUAUCAAACCCACUGAGAACAUCAAACCCACUGAGAACAUCAAACCCACUGAGAACAUCAAACCCUCUGAGAACAUCAAGCCAUCUAAGAACAUCAAACCCACUGAGAACAUCAAAUCCUCUGAGAACAUCAAGCCAUCUAAGAACAUCAAACCUGCUGAGAACAUCAACCCUGCUGAGAACAUCAAACCCGCUCAGAAUAUCAAACCCACUGAGAAUAUCAAACCAACUGAGAGCAUCAAACCAACUGAGAGCAUCAAACCAACUGAGAGCAUCAAACUCUCUGAGAACAUCAAACCCUCUCAGAACAUCAAACCUGCUGAGAACAUCAACCCUGCUGAGAACAUUAAACCUGCUGAGAACAUCAACCCUGCUGAGAACAUCAAACCCGCUGAAACCAUCGAACCCUCUGAAAACAUCAAACCUUCUAAAAACAUCAAGCCCUCUAAAAACAUCAUGCCUGUUGAAACACAAACAUUAGAAAACAUGAUCCCAACCAAUCUUGCAAAGUCAGCACCAGCUGUUAAUACAACUGCUACAGUUACAGAAAAGAAUAUCGAAUAUCUUAAACCUCUGAAACAAUUUGUAAAGGGAAAGGAAGUCCAGCCACUGAAAAAGAAUUUUACCUCCACCGCUGAAGUCAAGACAUCUGCAAAGCCUGGUAAAGAAGUCAAUAACAAUGCUACUAGGAAACUCUCUUACUAUCCUGACAAUGCUUCUAAUCAACCUAGCCACAACAAAACUAACAGAAAUCUACCAAAUUCAAACAUCAUUCCAAAACAGAAUGAGACUGAUGAAAGGGAAAGAGUUGACAGAAAUGCCGAUAUUUGGAAAGAAUCAAAACAGAAGGAAAAAGAGUUAGAUGAUGUUUCGAAGAUGAUCAAGAAAAAUGUCUCACAAAUUACACACAACAACAAGCCUGAAGUUGAUUCUCAAAACAGAUCAAAGGCUGGCCAUGUUUAUGUAAAUCACAUGGAUUCAACAAUUUACAUAAAUAACAGGAUUGAACAGAACAAUAUCAAUGAAGGGAAAUCAUUAACAGUAUUUUUGAGCAUGUGCCUGAUGGGUAUAUUUGCUGGAUUAUGCUGGAUCUACAGAUUCGUUGUGAAACCUGCACCCAAAAAAUAUGAUGAGGAAUUUGGUGCUCCAGGUUUAUCACAGAUUGUUGUGGGUUCUGAGCAACAUAACAUCCAACAGUCCUAUUCUCCUUUACAAUCUGUAGUCAGCCAACCAUCCUACUAUACAUCUCAACCAUCUCUUCAUUUACAAAGAAAGCUUGGCAACUGUGGGCUAGAGAUGGGAUCAACUUUAAUCUCAGGAGUGAAUGAGAUGACAGGCAGAAAAAUAGAUUAUUUAGAAGAUAUUAUUGGAGUGCCUAGGAAACGAAGCUUGGAAAAACAAUCCUCCAGAACUGCGUAAAACAAGAAAAAUUUAAGUAAAUAUAUGCACAAAAUUCUAAAAUCAUCAAUGAAAAUAAAUUCAAAAUUAACAAUUGUAAGAUGAUGAGUAUAUAUAAAAUUAUCUGUGAUUUAUUGUAACAUAUAUUUCUAUCAAUUUCUAGUGAUAAAAAAUAUUGGGAAAUGAUUUUUAAGUGUUGAAAGGUUGUGUAACUUUACUGGAAUGAAAAUGCACCCCACCCUUCUUAACAUUCCAAGGUUUAUUUUUCAACUUUUUGUUAUUGUCAUAAAUAUUAAUAAUUCAUUUAUAUUUACUUCUACAUAUAUUAUUACUGUACCAUGAACAAACAAACAUGUAGUUUGAAGGACUUUAAGCGUUAUUUCAAAUGAACUUCCAUUUAAAGAUGGGCCUUCCUGAUUCACACAGGUUCUCUUUACUGAUCAAGGAUGACCGACUUUUCCUAAUUUGUCAAAAGAAACGCCUGUAUUUGUUGAACACUUUGUUGGCGAUUUGAUUUUCAUUUAAGAGAUAUUUUUUUUUUCUCUUAAAGUGGCAGAACAUGAAUUUUUACAUUCAAAUUUUUUAAAAUUGCAUGAAAUAUGUAAACGCUUACAGCCUCUUUAAGAACUUAUAUUUAUGUAGUUUGUUUUUUUUCUUUUUAUUUACUCCUAUUUGUUCUAUUUACUUUUAUUUGAUAUCAAAGCAAUAAAAUGUAACUUUU